AUGUACUUAAUUGACAAAAUAGAGGAUCCAGAUAAAAAGAAAGAAGUGCUAGAAAGCUACAUCUCAUUAGCUAGAGCAGGACCAAGUAACCUGCAGCCAGUUGUAACUAAUGUAAGGCAACCAGUUGAAAACUACAGCUUUAAAACUAUAGUAAAUAGGAUGAAUGAUAAAAUUCACAAGAAAGAACCUACUCUCAAUGAUCUUCAGUGCGAAGUUCAUGAUGUGAAAGAAGAACUUAGAGAGUUAAAAAAUAGGGUUAGAAUUCUAGAACUUUAUUGCCCUUUUCGGAAAGAUACAGAAGAAAAAUCAGAGCAAUUAGAAUUUGAAACUCUAAUGGAAGAUUUUCAAGAAAAAAUAGAACCUGUGAGAAAAGAAUCCCUACAAGAAGAACAGGUUAAUACCAUGAAAUUUGUUAAUAGUAUAGAUAGAGUGAUAGCUCAAAAAUGGUAUGCAAUGAUAACUGUUGUGAUUGAUAGAACCUACACAUUUACAGUUAAAGGGCUUAUAGAUACAGGAGCCAAUCUUAAUUGUAUAAAUGAGGGAGUGGUACCUACUAGGUAUUUUAAGAAAACUGCUCAGGUUCUACAUGCAGCCGUGAAUAGCCAAAAAAUGGGAAUUCAAUUUAAGUUGUCUAACGCUGCCGUGCUCAAUCAGGGUAUUUGUUUUGAAACUCCUUUUGUUCUGGUGAAAGGUUUAAACCAGUCUCUUAUAUUAGGAACACCAUUCAUCAAUAUGCUUUAUCCUUUUUCUGUUUCUGAAGAGGGAAUUAGAGCUGAGGUAGAAGGAUUAGUAGUGUCGGCAAAGAAAAUGAAAUUAUUUUCUUCUAAAGUUCGCCUUUUGGGGCAUAAUAUAAAUAAAGGACUAAUAGUUCCGAUUGAUCGAGCAAUAUCCUUUGCUGAUAAGUUCCCUGAUGAAAUUAGGGACAAGCAACAGUUACAAAGAUUUUUAGGAAGCCUUAAUUACAUAAAGGAUUUUUAUAAAGAUUUAGCUCAAGACUCAAAAUUAUUAUAUCAAAGGUUGAAAAAGAACCCGGUUCCCUGGUCUGAUGAACACGCUAAAGCUGUUAGGAGAUUGAAAGUUAAAGUCAAAGAACUUCCUUGUUUAGCUUUAGCCAACCCAGAGGCCUUUAAAAUCGUAGAAACUGAUGCUUCAGAAAUAGGAUAUGGGGGAAUCUUAAAACAGAAAGUUGAUAACUUAGAACAAUUGGUCAGGUUCACCUUUGGAGUAUGGAAACCAACUCAAAAGAACUAUUCUACUGUUAAGAAAGAAAUGCUAGCCAUCGUCCAUGCUGUCUCUAAAUUUGAAAGUGAUCUUUUAAAUAAGAAAUUUUUUAUAAGAGUAGAUUGCAAAGCUGCCAAAGACAUUUUGUUUAAGGAUGUUAAAAAUCUAGCAUCUAAACAAAUUUUUGCAAGAUGGCAAGGAAUUCUUUCUGCUUUCGAUUUGGAUAUUGAAUUUAUAAAAGGUGAGACUAAUGCACUCCCGGACUUUUUAACUCGAGAAUUUUGGCAGGGUGAGAACAAGAAGUUCAGGACAGAUGACCCCAAAUGGUGGGAUAAAUUCACCGGGGAUCACCUGGCCCCCACCAUGAUCGUCCCAGCUCUUAUCCCAUCUCCCGAUUUCGCUGCUGCUCAGCCUUUGGUCACUUCUUCUAAUUUAAGUGUUUCCCAAAGGCUACAACUGUUGAUAGACCAGCCAGGAUCAUCAUCCUCUAAAGAAGACUUGAAAAAGAAAAUCCUUGAGAUUCUUGAUUUGGACGACGAAUAUAUGGCAUCAGCAUCUGCCACCCAUCCUGAAGAUGAGGUGGACCCCUUUGCUAAUGAAGACAUGCUAGACAAUUUCCAUCCAGAGCUUUAUGGUGGGCCUCAGUAA